AUGUUAAAAAAUAUAUUUAACGAAUAUUUAAAAUCGUAUGAUAACAAAGACGAGAACUAUGAGCGCAUAAAUAACUUGAGCAGAAAUUAUUCAUGUGACUACACUUCUGAUUGGAGAUGGUUCAGUAUUAAAUGCGAACGUUUUUUAGAAAAUGAAUUAUAUAAGAAAUAUAAUAAAGAAGAAAAAGAAAAAAGGAAAGAAAAUAAAAAUAUCAUAAAAGAAAAUGAAAAUCUUGCUAUAUUUAAAUCAUUCUUUCCAAAGAUUCUUUUAAAUAUUUAUAGUAAGUGUGAAAAUCCUGCACAGUUCUUUUCAAAUCUUGUCAUUCAGAAGUUUAACUCUGUAGUGUUUUUUUGUGAUGCCAGUGGAUUUUCUAACCUUGCUGAACAACUAGACAAACGAAUUAAUGGAACCGAAUUACUAGGAAAUUGCUUAAAUAAGUUUUUCAACAUUUUAAUAAAAAUUAUAGAUUACUGGGGAGGUGAUAUAAUUAAGUUCAGUGGAGAUGCUGUUCUAGUUAUAUGGCCCCUUCAUAAUGUUUUAAAAAAUAAGAAGAAAAAAAAAAAGACAAAAGAUCAUAAUAUUCAAAAUAUUUAUAAUGAUGCACAUGUAGUUAACCUUAAAGAUAAUGAAACCUCAAUUGAUGAGAAUAAUCCAGAUACAUUUAUGCAUAUUGAAAAAGAUAAAAAGAAAUUUGAAAAUUUCCAUUUAAAUAAUAAUCAUAAUAAUAUUCAUAAUAUUUAUAAUAACGAUGAUGAUUAUGAUCAUCAAGAUGAAGUCUAUGAUAAUAUUAAAAAUUAUAAUCUCAAAAAUAGUAAAAUCAGUAAGCCUAAUAUUUCUCAAGCAAAUAACUCAGAUGAUAACUAUCCUUCAGAUUAUAUUAAAAAAAAAAAAAGUCAAAACGUACAAGAAAUAAGAAAGAUAUGUCUUCUAGCAUUAGGCUGUUGUAUGGACAUACACAAAUUAUUAAAUAAAUUUCCAACACCAAUAGAAAAUAAAUAUUUAAAAGUACAUAUUGCUAUCACAUAUGGAAAAGUUAGCUUCUUACAAAUCGGAAACGUCUUAAGAAAAAGAGAAUAUUUAUUAUCAGGCAAGCCACUGGAAGAAAUAGGUUCUGGUGAAUCCUUGGCAAAAAAUGGAGAGAGUGUUCUGUCGUAUUCUUUUUAUAAAAAUAUUAAAGAUAAGGUGAUAGUUCAAGGGACUUGCAAGAAGAACUUUUUUUUAUUUGUGAAGAUGAAGGAGGAAAUUGACAUGAAGAAGUUGAAAAAGAAUUAUGAGGAGGAGGAGGAGGAAGAAGAGGAAGAGGAAGACGACGAAGAAGAUUUAAAUGUAGAUGUAAAUGUAGAUGUAAAUGUAGAUGUAAAUGCAGAUGUAAAUGUAGAUGUAAAUGCAGAUGUAAAUGUAGAUGUAAAUGCAGAUGCAGAUCAAAGUGAACCACCAAAUGAAGAACAAUUAAAUAACCAAAUAUUAAAUAAUACAAGCAAUGGAAAGUCGCAUGAAAAUAUGAAUAGAAAUAAUAUAAAAGAUAAUAAUAAAAGAAAAAAUAGUUCAGAAGAUAAAAUAAAAAAAAAGUUUACUCUAUUAACUACAGAUAAACAAUCUAGACAAUCUACUCUUAUAUAUGAAAAUUUUGAUCUUCUUUUAAAAACAUUUAUACCAGAUAUUGUAUAUAGAAAAUUAUCUUUAGGAUGUAAUAUAUUUUUUAAUGAAAUUAGAAAAGUAACCAUUAUUUUUGUAUCUGUUAAAGAUAUAGAUACAUCAACUAUGACUGGUGUUCAUUCAGCACAUGGAAUUAUGAAGCUAACACAAAAAGCUGUAUUUACUAUGGAAGGAACAAUAAAUAAAUUUAUAUUAGAUGAUAAAGGUAUCUUAAUAUUAAUUAUGUUUGGAUUACCACCUCUAUAUCAUUGUGAUGAUACUAUAAGAGCUUUACUUACUUGUUUUAGAUUAAUAGAUGCAUUGAAAUCAUUAAAAUUAAAUGGUAGUAUAGGUAUAUCUACUGGAAAAAUAUGGUGUGGAAUCAUAGGGAAUAAAAUUAGAAAAGAAUACACAGCUUUAGGAGAUUCUGUUAAUGUUGCUGCUAGAUUAUGUUUCAAAGCUGGUAAUAAAGAAAUAUAUGUUGAUGAAAAUACAUAUAAUAAUUGUAAACAUUUUAUAUCCUUUCAAAAAUUAAUAUCUAUAAAAGUCAAAGGAAAAAAUAAACUAAUUAAAAUAUAUUCACCAAUAGGAACUAUUAAUAAAAAAUGUAUAGAUUAUGUAUAUGAUAAUACAAACAAUGAAAACAAUAAUAAUAAUAAUAAUAAUUAUAAUUAUUUUACAGAUGAAGAAUUAUUAGUUAAUAGCCAGAAUAAUAAUAUAAAUCAAAACAAUAAAAAAAAUAAUAUUAAUAAUAAUAAUAAUAUUAAUAAUAAUAAUAAUAAUUUAAUGUCAGCAAAAGAUGAUACAAUAAAAAAUGUUCAUGAUAAUUUAUCGACAAAUUUAGAUAUAUCCAUUCUUGAAAAUAAAAAAAUGAAAACAAAUUUUCAACAAGUUUCUGAUUUCUCAUUUCUAAAUUACAACUUUUUAUUCAAAUAUUAUAAAAGCAUAUUUAAAAAUAAAAUAUAUCACUUGUUCAAAGAAGAAAAAAAUUGUUUCUAUUAUUUACAAAUGUAUGAUUUAUAUAAACCCAUAAAUACAAACAUAUCACCUUCUCUUACUUACACUGCCAAUAAAAAUUUGGAACACUUCAAGAAAAACAAUAAUAUUACGAUGACAAAGGAAAGGAAUAUGAAUAAUAUAAAUUAUAUAAAUAAUAUAAAUAAUAUAAAUUAUGAUGAACAUUUAAAUGAACCUAUAAGACAAAAUAAAUUAAUAUUAGAUAAACAUAAUAAUCAUAUAUAUGAUAUGGAUGAUAAUCUUCAUUCAAAUACAAAAUGUUCUACAUCUAUUAAUAAUAUAUAUGACAAUACAUUAACAUAUGAUAUGAUUUAUAGUAUAUCUAGAUUUAAUAAAAUAAAAACAUCAUUACAUGUUGAUUAUAAAAGCUAUACUGGCCCUUUCUUAUUACAUGAAUAUUAUGAUCCACUGCAUUUCAAAUUUAAAGAACUUUCUCGUGUAGGUGGAGUCUUAUUUGUUGAAGGAAAUGAAAAUCUAGGAAUAUUUGAAUUCAUAAAAUUAAUUACAAAAGGAUUAUAUAACUUUAAAUUAUUUAAUGUUAGUAAUAUGCCAAAUUCAUUAUAUAUAAAUAUAACAAAUCCAUUAUUACCUUGGAAAAUUUUAUGUAACGAUAUAUUAAACACAUGGAAAUUAUCUCAUAUGAGAAAAAAAAAUAUACUCCUAAAUAAAAAUGACAACUUUAAUAUGUUAAGAGAAAUCACACACCCAUCUUUUCACUGGUUUUUUAAAUGUAUGAUACAUGUAAUAGAUGAUUUAGAUAUACCUAUUUUUAAAACUAAAAAAAAAAAAAAAAAAAAAGAAAAGGAAAAGGAAUAUUAUACUGAUAAAAAUAAAAAUUAUAAUUACCAAACUAACAAAUAUAUUCACAACCAUCCAAAUAAAAAAAAUGAUCACACUUUAAUUCAAAAUAAAAUAAAUACAAACAUUCAAACACAAAAUGCUUCUAAUAACAAUAUAUUUUGUAAAAAAAUAUCCACACUUUUGGAGUAUUUCUUUCAUAACUCCAGACGAGAUAAAAAGAAAAACAAAAAAAAAACCAAAGAGAAAAAUAAAAAAAAAAAAAAAUAUAUACCAGAUGGUAAGCACAUGGGUCAAACAAAUGAUACUAAUGAUAUUAAUCAUAUGUAUCACAUCCCUUCUGAUGUGUCACAUGGAAGCACGUUGGAUAAGCAACACGAUAAUGAUGAUAAUAAUCAUGAUGGUGAUGUUAUUCAUGGUGAUGAUAGUAUUCAUGAUGGUGAUAGUAUUCAUGAUGAUGAUAGUAUUCAUGAUGAUGACAAUAAUCAUGAUGAUGAUAAUCAUGACCAUUAUAAUAAUGAUGAUGAUAAUCAUAAUGAUGGUAUUCAUGACCAUUAUAAUCCUUCUGUUAGGAAACACACUGUGAAGAAAAAUAAAAUAAUUAACAAACAUGAUCACAUAUACAAUAAACAUACAGCAACAGGAGAUGUAAGUUCUUCUUCUCAAACAUAUUCAAGAAACGAUAUACAUACAAAAAUGAAGAAUGAACUAAAAGAAAACAGAAUAGGUAUUAUAAGCUCGAUGAUUUAUUAUUUUACUUUACAUGAAAAUAUGUUUAUUAUAUUUAAUUAUAGAGCAGGUACUUCCUUAAAUAUUAAUAUUGAAGAUGAUGCUUGGAAAAUAUCAAAUAAUAUAGCUAAGUUAGCUAUGCUUAAAAGAAAAAAAAUAUCCAAACAUUUACAAAGAAAUCUAAAAGAUUGGAGAAAAAAUCAUUCUAGAAAGUGUGUCUUCUGCAAAGGUAAUUUUAUGAACAAUACAUAUAUGAAUAAUAUAAAUGAGAAUAAUAAUUGUGGAAACAAUAUGUAUCAAAAUAUCAUACAUGAAAACAAUAUUUAUGGAGAUAAUAAUAUAAAUGAUGAGUUCUUACACAACAACAAUGAUAAUGAUAAUAAUAAUAAUAAUGAUGAUUAUGAUGAUGAUAAUAUAUACAACUCUGAUGCACAAAACGGUUUAUCUAUCAAAAAAAAAAAUAUAAAUGAUUUCCUUGAUGAUCAUAUGAGAGCACAUCAAAGUAUUGAUCAUAUAGAUAAAAAUAUUAUUUCUAACUUACAAAAUAAAAUGAAUAAUGAUACAAAUAUAGAUAAUUUAUAUAAUAUUAAUGAUAUGUAUAAUCAAGAGAAUUCUCAUUAUUCACAAAAUGUUAAUAUAACAAAUGAUAAUAAUCAUAAUGAUAAUAUAUCUUCUUUUAAUUUAAGACAACAGAAAUUAUAUCAAGCUCAUGAAAUUAUUCUUAUGGAUGAAAAUAAUGACUCUUUAUCAAAAAAAAGUAGUUCAGCUACAUUAAUAAAUAACAGUGAAAUAAAUUCACAAACUUUUAACAAUGAAAAUAUUAUACAAAAUACAAAUAAUACUAACAAACAAGAAAAUAUAAAUGUUGUACAAAUAUUUAAAGAUGAAACAGAAAAUGUAAAUAACACAAACAAAAUUAAAGAACAAAAAAUGUUUUAUAAAACUUUAUAUCCAAAUAUUAAAGAUAAUAUUCUAUUAUAUAUAGCUCAACAAAAAAUGAAUGAACAAAAUAAUAAUUAUCAAAUCUAUAAAAAUCAAAAUAUCAAAAAUGAAUAUUUAAAUGAUAACAUACAUAAUCAAAUGAAUCAAAAUGUUAAUCCUAAUAUGCACAAAAAUAUUCAUUAUAAUAAUAAUAAUAAUUAUUUUAAUAAUUAUAAAAAGUUUUAUCAAAAUAAAUCACCUUUAUGUAAUCCUUUUUUUAUGCACAAACAUAAACCUCUUAUCUUUUUAUUUAUUAAUGGAAUGAAAAAUAAUAAUAAUAUAAAACAAUUAAAAAAAAUUAAAAAAUAUGCACAACAAUGUGAAGCAUCUAUAGAAUUAAAACCUUUCAAUAUAAAUGAUCUAUACGAAUUUGUUAGCUUAUGUUUAAAUAUACAUAAAGAUAAAAUAAGUAUACAACUAAUUGAAUAUCUAAAUAAAACUUGUUUUGGAAUACCGAAAUUUGUGCAAUAUACUUUAUUUUAUCUUCUUAAUAAUCAUUAUCUAGAAUUAUAUAAAUAUGAAAAAGACAAAAAUGAUGAGCAAAACAAUCAACAGAACAAUCAACAGAACAAUGAACAAAAUAAUGAUGAACUAUUCUUUUUGAAAGAACAAAAUGGUGAAAAAGAUUCAUCCAACACAAAUCCAACAAAAAUUAAUCAUCCUAAUCAUACAACACACACAAACCAAUUUAAUCAAAUAAAUAAUAUAAAUCAAAAUGAUGAUACACAUAACUAUCAUUAUUAUAACAAACAUUUUUUUAAUAACCCUAUCAGUAAUACAUGCACUACAAAUAAUUAUAUUAAUCAUUUCAGUAAACAAAUUAUCUCAAUACAAAAUGAAAAAGCAAAAUCUUCAUUAUUCCCAUCUAAUAGCACAACUUCUUCCAAUGAUAAUCCAAAUAAUGAUGAUAUAACUUAUGAAUAUGAACUUGUGGUAGUCAAAGAUUUAAACGAAGCACCGCUAGUUCCUCGAUUGACCGCAUAUUGCAUGUCCCUAAUUGAUAGCUUAAACCAAGAAGAACAGUUGUUGGCUAAGCUUUGCUCCUUCUUUAAUCAUACGUUUAACAUAAAAAAAAUGGAAUGUAUAUAUCCUAAGUAUAUAUCAAGGUGUGAGUUAAAAAAAAUUAUUGUAAAGUUGAUGGAGAAGAAUGUCUUUUGUUUAUAUGAAGAUGAGAACAAGAAAUCUGUUACUCUAUCCAAAGACAACGUUAAUUCUAUACAUAACAUUAAUUUUGUAUAUAGAGAUAUGUAUAAUAAAAUAAAUAGUUUCCUUGAGAAGAAAAGUAAACACCACACAUUAUUUGGCAAACACAAAAAUAUACCUGAUGAGGAAAUAUAUUUCUGCAUAACAAAUUUUUCAUUAAAAAAGGUUUUGAAUGAUUUGUUGGAAAAUGAAGAAAAGGAAUAUAUAAAAAAAAUUUACAAAAAGUAUAUAGAAUCGUAA